UUGGGACGGUCCCGCAGAAGGCUACAGCAGUGUUUGUUUAUUACUGCGUGGAAAAUGAAGCAGCUGCACCCACUAAAGGAAUUAAACUGAGUAUGUAGCAUAUAUUUCACAGAAACAAAAACGACACAUCUGAACGCAACAAAAAUAAAAAGGCGAGAAAACCGCACAGCUAUAUUCAGCAACUGCAUUGUUGCUCAAUACUGACAGCACGGUUAGGGGAGAGAACGAGGGAGCACCCGCCUGCGCAGGAGCUGCAACUGUGCGCGCUUUCAUCCAGAAAAAUAGCUGCUUGCUUUGCUAAAACCUGCUUUUUUAAAAUUAAAACGUGCACUGAUGAAGCUGAAGCGCCGUCUUGGAUGAACCGGAGCGCAUGUGGAGGAUGCUGCUCUCACCAGGAGCAGGUGCAUUCAGCCAAGUGGAGGCGCAGGGCAUAGAGCAGGAGCGACGCACAACGGGCACCGGACCACAACACCUGCUCCGGAUGAAAACCCUUCAUGCUUAGAUAUGCUGCUGGUUCACGCGCUUCUCCUCUCCAAAAUAACUGGAUUUUUGCUUGCAACUUAUGUGUGGUAACAAGGAGAAGGUGGGCAGCAGGGCACUGAUGGACGCACAGCCCAUUUGGAAAAUACUGUAGUGGAAAAAAAAGGACUGCUCUGUUGGCUUCUCAUAAGACUGCUUCAUAGAAAUCAAUCUUGCUCUUAUCAAGGACGGAAUCAUCUGCAAGGAUGCCCGGAGCACUUUUAUCAGCGCAGUCGCUCUACAUAGGAAUGGAGGUGGUGAUUGCAGUCGCGUCUGUGAUCGGGAAUGUGAUGGUGGUUUGGGCGGUGAAAAUUAAUAAAUCGUUGCGAGAUACCACGUUUUGUUUCAUUGUCUCCCUGGCUCUGGCGGAUAUUGCAGUGGGAGCCCUCGUCAUCCCUCUUGCCAUUACUAUAAGCAUCGGACUCCAAACUCACUUUUACAGCUGCCUGCUCGUGGCGUGCACGGUGCUGGUGCUGACGCAAAGUUCAAUCCUGGCCCUGCUGGCUAUUGCAAUUGACCGCUAUCUCAGGGUCAAGAUCCCGACCAGGUACAAGCGGGUGGUGACCCCUCGGCGAGCGGGGCUGGCAGUGGUUAUAUGCUGGACAGUGGCCUUCAUCGUGGGGCUCACCCCCAUGUUAGGCUGGAACAACCUGAAGCGCCUCCAGCAGAACGGCUCCAUCAGCUCUGACCUCAUCAUCACCUGCCAGUUUGAGAACGUCAUCAGCAUGGACUACAUGGUCUAUUUCAACUUUUUCGGCUGGGUGCUGCCGCCGCUGCUGCUCAUGUUGGUCAUUUAUGCAGAGAUCUUCUACAUGAUCCACAAGCAGCUUAGCAGUAAGAAGUUCACCACCAGUCACGCAGACCCCAACAAGUACUACGACAAGGAGCUGAAUCUUGCUAAAUCGCUGGCUCUGGUUCUUUUUCUCUUCGCCAUCAGCUGGCUCCCCCUCCACAUCAUUAACUGCAUCACCCUCUUCUGCCCUGAGUGCAACAAGCCUAUCGUCCUCCUCUACAUCGCCAUCCUGCUCACCCAUGGUAACUCCGCUGUCAACCCGAUUGUCUACGCUUUCCGUAUUAAAAAGUUCCGAUCUGCCUUCAGGAAAAUCUGGCAGCAAUACUUCUGCUGCAAGGACACACCAGCUCUGGAGAUACAGCCCAGCGACAGGAAAGAGAUGCCCAACCCAGAGCAACAGCAGGCGACACCACCACAGCCUCCUCAGAAGGACAUCCAAAACUCUGAUCCACCACCUGAGCAGCCGCCUCCACCACCUGAGCAGCUGCAGGACCAGAGGACCGAACCACCCCAACAACCUAAAGAACACCCGCCCUUACUGGAGCAGAACGCAGUCUAAGCUGCGAAAUGGAGCUUAUUUGUUGGCUGGGAAAGUAGCGAUCAGUGCACAAGCAUUGGUUCUCUCCUCAUUUGAAUGUAGUCUCAUGAGGAGCAUGAAGUGCUACGGUGAUGUAAUGGCUGAGGCGACUUGGAUCAACAAUCUAAAACACUGGAAGAUCAUUUAAUUUUACUCAGGAGGAGUGGAUUACUGAUAGUGUGGUCAAAGCAAAAAAAAAGGCAAAAAGGGUAUUAUAAACUUGCAAUAAUUGAAAUCUUUUUGACAGUGGCUGUCUAUCUCAGUAACAGACGGAAGACAUUAAGCUUUAACUGUUAUGUCAUUAUGGUCAAACAGUCUGUGUGAACAUUACAACAUGUGCAAUAUAAGUUAUUGUGGUCGGUCAGUAUCAGAUUAUGUUUUAACUUGCUAUACAAUGAAUGUUUAUACAUUCAUAAGAGCAGGUUCAUCUUUCUACUGUAAUACUGUGUGUAUCAUUAAACUGACAGUGGCUAAAGAACAUGAAUGUAAUAAUAAUGUAAAUAAGAGGCUACAGCAGCACAGCUUUGAACGCUCAUCUCUUCUUCAGGGUCUUAAUCGCACAACAGUGGUGGAGCAAGUGGCAGUAUGGGAGAGAUUUUUUUGCAGCGUGGAGGUGUGUGUGUGUGUGUGUGUGCUGAUAGAAGGGGUUUUGUAAUCCCUUAACUCUUCUCCAUUGGAGUCCCUCAGCGGAUCCAGCAGCCCUGUUCCAUUACUGAGGAGAUGGACGGGGAUAAGGAACAAGCAGCUGGAGGGAAUGGGAGGUUUUAACCUUUUAGAAGCUGCGUGGAGGAGACUCACGGCUGCAGGACGACAGCUACUCAUGGGGGAGAGAGACAAGAUGCACUUAAAGCUCAUGCUUAUCCAGCCUCCAUGCCAGCUGGUGGUAGGAGCUGGGUUUUCCUUUUUUUUCCCCGGCUAUGAGGGGCGAUGAUAACUGUUCCACAACCUACCACUAGGAACAGUGGCUUAUGGCCUUAUUCAGUAUUUUAAUUAGUACAGGCUGGACUGGAAAAGACAACCUGACGAUUGUGAGUAUCUUAAUACACUGUAAGCUCAACAUUUUGCAUAAUGCCAAACUGGGUCAUCUGUAGACUAGUAAUUCAGAAAUGUUCAAUGCCACUGACAUAAAAACACUGUAUGAAAAUGUAAA